UUUUUAUUUGUAAUAAAAAACAAAAUAGAAGCAUCUUCUUCAUUCUUCACCUUCUCUUCUUCUUCUUCUUCUCUUCUCGCACCGCCAGGGUUUGCGUUUCAUUUCUCUGCUUCAAUUCGCAGAGGAUGAAGGAUUUCAAUUCGGAUCUAUUUGAACCGGGCACGGUUAUGGACUCCGAUUACUCUCGCGGCGGUGCUUCCUCUUCCUCCUCCGAUGCUGAUUUCGGCUUUGCAUUCAAUGACAGCAACUUCUCUGACCGGAUCCUCAGGAUCGAGAUUAUGGAUGACUCGGUCGAGACUCGCUCUGAUUCCGACGGAUGCACCACCAUCGCCGACUGGGCUCGCCAACGCAAGAGGAGAAGGGAGGAUAUCAAGAAGGAAAAUAAUGUGGUGGAUCUUACUUUAUUGCCUGACGAACAAAUUUUGAACGAGAAUCAGACUGAUAUAGAUGAUUUUGUGCCCUGUGAGAAUCAGGAUGAAGAGGCAGUUGCAAUGGUUGAAGAACCCCCUUCAGGUGAUGAGACUGCAGUUGCAAACAGUAAUGAUUCAAACUUGAACAUGGACUGCUCUGCUGUCGCGAGGGUUAGAACAUUACAUAUUAGUUCUCCUAUCUUGGCUGCUAAAAGUCCUUUCUUCUACAAGCUUUUCUCAAAUGGGAUGAGGGAGUCAGAGCAGAGGCAUGUCACCCUGAGAAUUACUGCAUCUGAGGAAGCUGCUCUCAUGGAGCUUCUGAACUUUAUGUAUAGUAAUAGCUUAAGCAUUACUUCACCACCUGGUUUAUUGGAUGUGUUGAUGGCUGCUGACAAAUUUGAAGUUGCUUCAUGCAUGAGAUACUGUAGCCGGUUAUUGCGGAAUAUUCCUAUGUCACCUGAGUCUGCGCUGCUUUACCUUGAGCUUCCUUCUAGUGUCUUAAUGGCUGAUGCAGUUCAGCCAUUGACUGAUGCAGCAAAGCAGUAUCUUGCUGGUCGAUACAAAGAUAUAACAAAGUUCCAGGAAGAGGUUAUGGGCUUGCCUCUACCUGGAAUAGAGGCAAUUCUCUCAAGUGAUGAACUCCAGGUUGCAUCAGAGGAUGCUGUCUAUGACUUUGUCUUGAAGUGGGCUCGAACCCAGUACCCAAGAUUGGAAGAUAGGAGAGAAGUCCUGGGUACAAGGCUUGCCCGUUUGAUUCGCUUUCCUUACAUGACCUGCCGAAGGCUUAAGAAGGUCUUAUCCUGUACUGACUUUGACAAUGAUGUUUCAUCCAAGCUUGUAAUUGAAGCCCUCUUUUUUAAGGCUGAGGCUCCACACCGCCAACGCGUACUGGCUGCUGAGGCGUCGUCCUCCAAUCGUCUUUUUGUGGAGCGAGCAUACAAGUACCGCCCUGUUAAAGUGGUGGAAUUUGAACUUCCGCGCCAGCAGUGUGUGGUUUACUUGGAUCUGAAGCGAGAGGAGUGUGCCAAUUUGUUCCCAUCUGGCCGUGUCUAUUCUCAGGCAUUCCAUUUGGGUGGACAGGGGUUUUUCUUAUCAGCACAUUGCAACAUGGACCAACAAAGCUCAUUUCACUGUUUUGGCUUGUUUUUAGGAAUGCAGGAAAAAGGCUCUGUUAGCUUUGCUGUUGACUAUGAAUUUGCCGCGAGGUCUAGACCAACUGAGGAAUUCGUCAGCAAGUACAAAGGCAAUUAUACAUUCACUGGUGGAAAGGCUGUUGGGUACAGAAACUUGUUUGCAAUUCCAUGGACUUCAUUCCUGGCUGAGGAUAGUCUUUACUUCAUCAAUGGCGUUCUCCAUCUUAGGGCUGAGCUCACCAUCAGGCAGUGACCCGGAUUUGUAUUUGUGAACCUUUUCUUUUAGUUGGUAGCUUUGACCUUUUUUGGGAUACUGUUUUUCUGGUUACCUGCUGUAAUAAUCUUAAAAAUCUUAACUUAUCGCUAGCGCUUCAUAAGACCAAAUGAAUUUUCAGGACUUGUUUAUUUAAACCGAAUUGUGCUCAAUGAUAUGUAGGGAAAUAUUUAAAGGAGUUUGAGUA